UGAAAAAGAAACUCAAAACUCACAAAACUUAAAAGCAUGGAAACCUUGGCUCAAGUGACCGGAGUAGAUGCUGUAGGCUUAGUGAACCUCAUCAUAUCAUCGGCCGGAAAGGCCACAACACACCAUAGAAACUGCGAGCAGCUGGCGGAGCACGUGAGGAUGAUAGGAAACUUGUUGGAUAAGUUGAAAUCAACUGACCUUGUGAAAUUACCAGCCAUAAAAGAGCCACUGGAUUGCUUGGAGGAAGCUUUGAAGAAGGCGUUUGAUUUAGUGGAGAGUUGCAGAGAUAAGAGUUUCUUGUACAUGAUUGCCAUGGGGUGGAGCGUAGUGUAUCAGUUCCGCCGAGUUCAGGCUGAGAUUGAUCGUUAUCUUAAACUCGUGCCCUUGAUUUCCCUUGUCCAUGAGUUCCGUAUGCAGUUGAAAAGAAUCUGGGCCAUUGAAUGUUUUGUGGGUCCUGAAAUUCUGCAUUUGAAGGAAGGUUUGGUAGCCAUUGAAGAUGAUCAAAGAGAGUACACGCUAGAUGAAGAGGAUGUUAAAGCACAGAGUGUGAUAUUAAAACCUGAUCGUUCAAAGAAAGAUGCAAACAUAUUGGAGAAUUCACUGUCGAGAAAAUAUCCUGAACUGGGAUUCCAGGAAGCACUUGAGGAAGAAAAAGAGAAACUACAUAUAGAGCUGCAACGAUCAAGAACUAACAAUGAUACCAAACAAUGCCGCUUGAUUGAACAUCUAAUAGAUGUGACAGAAAAUGUGGUUAAUGAUCUUCCAGGGAAGAAGGUCAGUAAACUUCUUGUCAAUGAACCAACUUACACUCUAUCAGGGUAUGUAAUUAAUAAUGCUAACUCUGGCUAUGGAGAUGUGGGACAAUUAUCAGAGUGGCAAUCUGAUCUUUUUGAUUGUUGCAGAGAGCCCAGUUUAUGCUUGAAGACAUGCGUGUAUCCCUGUGGAACAUUUUCAAGGAUAGCUAAUGCGGUGUCAAAAGGAAAAAUAUCUCGUGAGCAAGCAAUCGACAGUGUCAUGGCAUACUCCCUCUUCUGUGGAUGUUGCUGUUACACUUGCUGCAUAAGGAAAAAACUGCGAGAAACUUACAACAUUGAGGGAGGCUCAUGUGAUGAUUUCCUUACUCAUCUCAUGUGUUGCUGUUGUGCAAUGGUUCAAGAAUGGCGUGAGCUUCAACUCAGGGGCUUUGAAGGUUGUCAAGGGAGAAAAAUGAUUCCUCCACCAUGCCAAUAUAUGAAGCCUUGAUUCCUUCAAAUCAUGGCUUCUCUAUGAAUACUACAUAUAAAUUGACGGGGUUAGAGUUUAGUAGUUAAUACUUAAUACUACACCUAUAA